CACAUGAAGGCUGGGGCAGUAGGCUGGGCCCUGCAUCUCCUGAGAAAAGGCAGGAGCAUAAGCAGUGGCCAGAACUGAAGAGUUGGAGAGGGUGGUGGAAGAGGGAAUGGUUUAAGAAAUGUUGGGACCUGGCUUCUAGUAAGCAAGGUGACAGAAGCUGUCCCAGAGUUUGCAGAUGGGACAAGGGAUACAAAAGGAGCCUGUGGGGGUGGGGGUGAUAUCCCAGGAGCAGAGCUGAGGCAUUCCCUAACAGAGGCAGGAAAUGGGCUCCCCUGAGGCCCACUCUUACUCUUUUUUCCUGGCCUGGUCUAUCCACAACCGUCUGGUGGAGGGGCCUGUUGAUGACACCCUGUCGGCCUCCUUACUCCCAGCACUAACUGCAUAAUGGGUCCAUCCCAGCAGGCGAGAGCCUACUAAAGUGGCAGAGGGGAUGUGGUACAGUCCUGGGCCCCUGGUAUCUUGGCUCAGAAAAGUCUCAAGCUUUCACUGCAGACCCUCUCCAGAGAUUAGGGAGGGGACUUCCAGAGAUCCUAUCCUUGCUUACUGGUUUCCUGUUGGGUCCUCCCAAGGGUAGACAAUCCCUGGGUCCCACUAGCGCCAGGCCCAGUGAAAACAGUGAAACACGACUGUUGCUUCCCCCUCCUAUGCCUCUCUAUCACCUGAUCUCUGUCCUCUACCUUGCUUCUCUCUUCCCCCAUAGCCACACAAAAACCUUCAGUCUUAUAGCCUCAUUCGCCGUCCUGCUCCAGGCCUUUUAUUGCCUGGGAUAUUUAUAAUUUGAAAGUGGACAAAGACUUAAGGUAGAAGAAUGCUCCUGGUGGAAUGCUUCAGACACCUGAAGGGAGGACUUGAGGGUAGGACUGGGCAUAUAGAUUGACUGGGAAGGCCUGGGUGUAUAGAUUUGUAGGCUUGAAAGAAGGCUCUCUAGGUGCUCAGUGUGUGCUCCAGGAUGUGCAAAGGGUAACACUGUUUUUAUCAAUGAAGCCCCAGGUUGGUGGGGAAAGAGGAGUGGUCUUGUAGAGGCAGAAUGGAGAAACUAAGACAGAGGGUCCUACCCAGAAGAGAUGGGGCUUUGAGGAGCAUCACCCAAGUUUAUUUUCACCAAGGUCUAAAGAAAAAGAAAUGAGGCGAUUUCAGAUCCUCUCAAGAGACACUACAAUCCAAGGUGCCCAGUAUCAGUAUCAAGGCUUUCAGUGGGGAGGAGGGAGGUGAUCUCAGCAUGAGAUGGGGAUCAGGCUAGGAAUCUGAGGUAACAGCAGAUACUAGAAUUCGGUCCUGAGGGAGCAGAAUCAGCCUGAACCAAGCUCUAGGCCCACUGGGAAGAGAGAGGGACCCCUAGUCUCAUAGUCUGAGGCUGUGAGAACCCCAAAUAGUUGGGCAACCUGCUGAGUGCCAGAUCUUUUUCCAUAUGUAGGUAACUUUUUCAUAUGGCUGAGUCAUAGGCAUCAUAACCCCAAUUGAAGGGUCAGGAGCAGCUUCAGAGGCCCAGUCUCUACUGAGAGGCAGAUUUAAAACUGCAUAUGUCCGGCUCCAAAUCUCACCCUUGUCCACUAUUCAUCAGGACCUCCCAUUCCUGGGUGUGGGCUACUAUGUGUAGCCUCUUAGUAGUGGGACUAGAGAGAUGGUGAUGCAAGGUGGAAGCCAGGCAAGCCUGAGGACAAGCAGAGGACAUGGUGAAGAAUCCUUGCUGGGGUCUGCCACUCCUGACCCACUCUUACCUGGUAUCAUAGAACUGAAUAACCACUUGAGUUUUUUCAGAUACAUAAAGUUCACCCCUUCAUAAUUUAGAACUUUUUUGAAAACUCAUUUUGCAAAUAAGUGAUUCCAGACAUUACACUCAUCUUCAGUACAGCUGAAAAAUAAAUAUUUCUGUAUAGCUGAGGAUCAUUCCUAGAACCCAAUGGCUUCUCUGUAGCAGUGGUGUCAGAAGCUGUAACAGUAUCAGGGAAGCUAGCUAUCUUGUUGCCAAAUGACCCUAGACCACUUUUAAAAUGCUUGCAACUAUUAAAAAAUUGUGGUGUUGCUUGCCUUGCUAGCAGACAUCAGGGGACACUUGCUCUAGAUGUGCUUCUACUCUGUAUGAGGACAGGAACAUACAUGAACUUACUGUAAAUAAAUUAAGGACAAGUGGGCCAUGAUUGAGGACAAGAGAGCCUAUCCAGUGAGUAAUGCAUAUGAGUAUCACAGCUGCUCAGGAGUCUCUUGUGCCCCAUUAACCCCACGAUGUGCCCUGUAGUUGACCUCCAAAUAAGUGAAAUGUCACUGCACAUUAGUCCUAAGAUUAUUAUCUGCCUCUUUGAUUGAAAAAGUCCACUGAAGAUUGUAUAAUAGACUGUUCCCAAUAAUAGACAAGGCAGCAAUAAUGUAAAGAUGAAAAACAGUCUUUGGCAUUGGAAAGAUCUGGGUGGGGAUUGAUCUGGGCCCAGGCUUCCCACCCUCCAUUCUGCACCUUAGGGUCAUGAGAAUGAAAGGAGGUGAUACAGGAAGGUUCCCAGCACAGUGCCUGACAAAAAAGGAGGAGAGAAGGGGCUAGGAAAUCAGAAUUUCCUUGGGUGCUUGAGGGUGGCAGGAAGGAAGACGAGUGUGGGAACCUGAAGGGAACACAGUAAAGGGGACAUGACACCCUGGCUUCCCACAAAGAGGCAGACAUGGUUGUGUGUGCACCCUGUGUGGUCUGCAGUCCUGGCUGUGGCCCCAGAGAGCUUGGGAGGGGGCUGCCACUCCUCACCCCCAACUUGGGACUGGGAACUUUUCCUAGAAGGCUAGCUCUCAUCUCUCCCUUUUUUCCUUCUCUGAUAAACACUAGUUGGUGGGCCUGGUGAAGAGGGAACAAAGGAAAGGUGACAAUGCAUGGGGUAGGGGAAAUGGACUGGGCCAUGGUUAGCAACAACCUGAACCUAGCAACCAAUUGGAGCUGCACAAACAAGGUAGCCAUUUCUCCUUCCUCAAAACCCCCAUCUGCCUAGUGGUCAUGCUGGGAAAUGAGUAUUUCUGUGGUUCUUGGCCCAGAAUGAGUGGAAUGGGGAAGGAGAGAGGCAGGGAAAUUUGGUGACAGGGUGGUUGUCCCCUGUCCCUGCAUCUCUAUUGGUUUCUGCCUCAACCUCCUCUAUUUAGCCAGUGAACAACAACUCUGGGCUGUACACUGGGGUAGGAGCUGAGAAUACAGAAACAAAUGAUGCAUAGUUCUGGCUCCUGGAGAAAGACCUCCCAGUUCCUGCGUCCUUUCCUCCUGCCAUCCUCAGCUCUCUUACCCACUGAUCCCUUGCCACACUUAUUUGAACCCCUAUCUCUUCUACCCCUCUGACUUUGUUCCGUUCCUAACCACAAUCAGCAGUCUCUGUGCUCCCGAAGGGAAGCUAAGCAAAGGAAGGGGGGGCAAAAAGGAGGGAAUCCCGCUGACAUCACUCCUCAUUAGCAUGUGUGACUUCAUUAGGGGCGGGACAAUUUCUCCAGGUGUCUGGGGGGAGAGCACGAGAGGGUGGUAUUUAAAGAGAAAAGCUGACAGUGAUGCUGAGUGAGGGAGCGGGUGCUGCUAGCCUCCCGGCUGCACACGCACACGCAUACUGAUGCACAUGGACCUCGACACUGACAUGGACAGAGACACAGAAACCACAGCGCUCUGCCCCGCUGGCAGCCAUCAGGCCUGCCCUCCAGGGACACCCACACCAGAAGCAGAUGCCACACUGCUGAAGCCAGAGAAACUGCUGGCAGGGUUGGAACGGGGUGGGCCACCCCCUGCCCCAGGAGCCCCCAGAAGAAGAGGCAGUAUGCCUGUCCCCUACAAGCACCAGCUGCGGCGGGCCCAGGCUGUAGAUGAACUUGACUGGCCACCUCAAGCCUCAUCCUCUGGCUCCUCUGACUCCUUGGGCUCGGGGGAGGCAGCCCCCACCCAAAAGGAUGGCAUCUUCAAGGUCAUGCUGGUGGGGGAGAGCGGUGUGGGCAAGAGCACCCUAGCAGGCACCUUCGGCAGUCUUCAGGGAGACAGUGCCCAUGAGCCGGAGAACCCAGAGGACACCUAUGAGAGACGCAUCAUGGUGGAUAAGGAGGAAGUGACUCUAGUUGUUUAUGACAUCUGGGAACAGGGUGAUGCAGGGGGGUUGCUGAGGGACCACUGCCUUCAGACCGGGGAUGCCUUUCUCAUCGUCUUCUCAGUCACCGACCGUCGAAGCUUCUUCAAAGUUCCAGAGACCCUACUUCGGCUCCGGGCUGGGAGGCCCCACCACGACCUGCCUGUCAUCCUCGUUGGAAACAAGAGCGACUUGGCCCGCUCCCGGGAGGUCUCACUGGAGGAGGGCCGCCACCUGGCAGGGACACUGAGCUGCAAGCAUAUCGAGACGUCGGCCGCGCUACACCACAACACGCGGGAGCUUUUCGAGGGCGCGGUGCGCCAGAUCCGGCUGCGGCGGGGCCGGGGCUGUCCGGGAGGUCCGCGGCACGAGUGGGGUAAUCCCCAGAGCCCCGCGCCGCCUGCGCGCCGCGAGAGCCUCACCAAGAAGGCCAAGCGCUUCCUUGCCCACUUGGUGCCGCGCAACGCCAAGUUCUUCAAGCAGCGUUCCAGGUCGUGUCACGACCUCUCGGUGCUCUGAGCCGCAGUCUCCAUGGUCACCGGGGGUCGCCAUGGUCACCGAGCCCUCGGCUCGUCCCCUCGCCCCGCCUCCUGCCCCAUGUCCGGCUUCCUUUGUGAAGACAGUCUAGGAAACCAAACCAAAAACUUCCAGGACGCCCCGGUGUGACCUCGGGGGCAGGGCCCCGGCGGGCCCCCCACGCCCCGGAACCCGGCUGGCGUCGCCCCGCCCCCGUCCCCACCCACACGGAGACACCUACUGCCCCCGGAGCCCGCCUAGGAGGCGGCGGGGG